GGCACUGGGAAAUCGCUUCAUAAUCAGCAUCAGCAGCAUCAUCAUCAACUUGUUGCAAAUGUCGCUUGCCAGGCAUUGCAACAGGCCAUGGCUUCUUCAGUUGGAUCGUCAUCAUCGACCAACAAUGAGUGCAGCUAUAAGAAUUGCCAUCUAAAUAUAAGCGCUAGCACUACAUCGGCAUCGGCUGUAGCUGGAACACAGCAGCGCCGCUCACAGCAUCGCACUACACUGCCCAUUCAAGCGACACAUGUUGCACACGAUAUGCUGCAGCAAUUUGUGACUGUUGCUGAUGUAGAAAUCAGCGGUGCCACCGUUGGUUAUCACUCACUGCCUAGUGGUAGCGGCAGCAUCGGUGGCAGCAGUAAUGAUAUGGAAUUGCUUACUGCUACUACGAUGCCAACAUCUUCCCAAUACGCUGGUUCACAUAUGGCUGGCGCCAUUUCCACGCCCAGUAUUGAUGUGUUGCCAUUGAUGAGCGGAGAAAUCGCCACAAUAUCCAGCAACACCAGCGACUCGAUCACACAAACUACAUUUAGCGCCGUGGCCGGGGCUCAUACGCUGCCCACAAAUGCACACACGCAAACGCUCAAAAGCGGUAGCAGCAGUGCCAACAGCCCUGGCAGUCAAAGUAGCAAAACUCCCUCCUCUUCCCGCCGUUACCACCGCACUAUACCGCGUUACUUCGCUCUCACCGAUCCGUUGAGUGCCAAAGAGGCCUAUGGCAUUGGUAAAAGUAAAUCAGAUAAUAGCACGCGUAAUAAUGCGGGCACUACAUCAUCGGCUAGCAAAAAACCCACUUGUCAGUGUCCGGUGCAACAUGUGCCCAUGUCAUAUAUGGCAGCUACCCAGCUGAGCAAUGCUGCACAAUGUGCCAGCAGUAGCGCACUUCUUUCGGCAUUGAGUAGCAAAUUGAACGCCGUCAGUCAGUCAUCAGCCGCAUCCCAAACAUCAUCAGCGUCAUCGACAUUAGUCUCGUCGCAUGGCAACAGCAGCUCGGGUCGUUCCAACACUUCCACUUCGUUGGGUUACUCGCAACGUGCAAAAUCCUCCAAUAGUCUACAGCAAACUUCUGCGAGCGAAGUCAACAGCCUUGGCGGCACUUUGAAGCGUGCAAUGCAUACCACCAGUACCAACACCAAUACCAGUAACAAUGCUAGUAACAAAAACAACAACACCAAUAAUAAUGCUAGCUCACUAUGCAGCUAUGAAACGAAAAUUGCUACCAUUUCCAAACAAGUUGGCGAUAGCACAGCUGCAAAUCUGAGUGGUAGCACAGUAGGAGGCCAUCACCAUCACACAGCUCAUCAUGCCCACCAUGCCCAUCAUUCGCACAGCGUUGUUGUAUUGCCGACACAGGCGCAGGACGAGAGUAUGCCCAUAGUAUUGGGACGGGUGCAAAAGCGAUCCAGUGGUGAGCGGGAAAGGGAGCGGGACAGAGAAAGGGAGCGUGAACGAGAGCGCGAACGUGCGCGUAGUGCUAGUAGUGGUCGCGGUAGCAGUAAUAGUAGUACACACCAAUUGGAGAGUAGCGCGGCGGCAUUUUAUUUGAACGGAAAGGUCGACGCUUACUUGAACUUUCCCCAACCGCAACACUUCAACACCAUACAUUCGCAACAACAACCACACCAUCAGCACCAUCAACAACAACAAACCAACGAUACAAAUCCAAUACUACCACCGAAACUUCACAAAUCUCUAACGAAUUUAAAAUCUUCGACAAGCAACAAUCAUAGCAUUAUGACCACGACCACCAAACCAUCGAAUGUAUGUGCUGCUGUUGCUGCUACUACGCCCACCACUACUGCAACUGCCACUGUCUCCUCGAGCUGUACUGCCGUGCAGACGAUUAGCUCCCUCAGUAAACCAACAACUUCUACGGCGGCAUAUUCGUCGCGUAAGGAUCAUCAUAAUAAUCUAGAUCCUAUAAGCAGCAUCGGCAUUAACACCAGCAGUAGCAAUAAAAAUUCGCCGCCAUCACUCACUUUGCCACUAUCCCCGGUGAUAACGAAAAGCGCUGGCGGCACAGCGACCCACAGCAGUAGUGGCACCGGCGGAGUCACUCCCAGCAACACCGUCGGCUCGGUCUCACAUUCUUCAGAGAAGUCCAGCAAAAUAAACUCAAGCACCUUUUACCCGCUGCAAAAUAGCCACGUGACCUAUACACUGCCAAAACACAUUAGUGGAAAAGUUUCGCUGAAUAGUACUAUUACCAGUGUGGUAAGCAAGGUGCCUUCAGUGAUCAGUAUACCCAUUGGUGGUGGGGAAGUCGAUCUCUAUGAGAACAACAAUGGCUGUGGUGGCAGUAAUGCUUUGAGUCAAAAUAGUGGCACGAGCAGCAAGCACGAAACGUCGUCAAAGAACGGAGGAGGAAGCGGACGUAGCACUACAUUGCCAAAGAUAUUGCGUACCAAAAAGCAGCAAGGCUGCAGCGGCAGCAACACCAACAGCAAUAAUAUGAACAACCAGCCAUCACCUUCCAACAGCACACCGUCUACCUUGGCAGCAGUGUCAGUGUCGGUAUCGCAAUGUAGUAUGCCCGCCUAUCCACAACAGUAUACUAGUCAUCAUGCCAAAACAAACACAAAUGCAAUUACAACCACUACAACAGCAAAUGCAACAACACAAUUUAAUUCCCACGUUGUUGAUGGCAAUACUUUAUCAUCUGCCAAACAUUUACCCGUCUGUACCACCUCUAAAAAUUGCCUAAAUCCGAAGGAGCAUUUUCUACCGAACGACACCAGUUUGGAUGACGAUUACUUGAGUGAGUGUGAGAAUUGUAAAAUAGCGCAGAGCGCUAAAUAUUAUUUGAAUGCUGAGGAAGUAGAGUCAACGCCGCAGGAGACAAUGACACUGCAACGUAAAUCGAUGGAUGACAAUAAGGAAGAACAGGAGCAGGCAUAUUAUCGAAUUUCGCACACGCUGCCAACGAAUCCAAAGAAAAAUGCGUAAGUAUAGAAUGUACAUGCAUUAGCGUUGCUCCUGUGCAUACGAAUUCCUCGUUUAGAGGAAGAACGACCUUUCUUACACCAAAGCGAAAUUUAUCACCCCUAUUCUGUAUUCUGCAACACUUUCGUAUUCGGAUUUUGCCACGAAUCGUAGAAAUGGUAUACUGCAAUCCGAAUCGUACCUUCGAAAUUCGUAAAAAUGGCAUGCCUAAAAACAAACGAGGAACAA